UUCUGCAAACCGAAUCCCGAAUCAGAAGCAGAAGCAGAAGCUAAAUCUAGUAAACCAAUUUUAAAUUAUUUAUUUUUAAUUGUUCAAUAAAAAAUAUCAAAUAACAUUUUACUGAGAUAUAAAUGUCGUAGACUGCAGAGUCAUGAUACUGGAGUUUUGACAGGUUGCCUGAAAAAUAUUCCAUAUUUUCUUUUUUUUACUGAGUCGAAGAGUAAUCAGUAAUUAAUAUUCCGAGGAUUUAUUAAAACGAGAUAAGUAUUUGAUUAAGUGAAAAUGUUUUCGUUCGUACAACAAAAUGCUGUGGAACCGAUGCAAGUUGAUGCGCCGCCAGAAGACAAUGAUAACACUGAAGAAGAGCCUUAUAUUGUUGAGAAUCCAACAUUGGACCUUGAGGUCUACGCCAACAGUUACACGGGGCUCGCAAAAUUGUACCGGUUGAUUUAUAUCGCCGACCACUGUCCCAGUUUGCGAAUCGAGGCGCUAAAAAUGGCGAUAACCCACGUAAUGACAACUUACAAUGUUUCUUUGUACCAAUUGUUGCAUAAAAAAUUAUUACAAGCUCUCGGAACACCUGGACUCCCAGACGUCGCUGCUCAAUCAACGUCCCAAGACAUCCCGACGCUGAACCAGAUGUGGGUCGAAAACAAGUCGAAAAAAGCAGCCCUGAAACUGGAAAAGUUUGACACUGAUUUAAAAAACUACCGUAGUAAUUCAAUAAAAGAGAGCAUUAGACGAGGGCAUGAUGAUCUAGGUGAUCAUUACCUAGACUGUGGAGAUCUUGGUAAUGCAUUGAAAUGUUACUCACGUGCGCGUGAUUACUGUACCAGUGGUAAACAUGUAGUCAACAUGUGUCUAAAUGUUAUCAAAGUGUCUGUUUAUUUACAAAAUUGGACCCACGUGUUGACUUACGUGUCGAAGGCCGAAAACGCACCGGAUUUUCCAGACGUCCAUGGCAAAGACAAUAACCAGUCGAUAAUAACAAAGUUGAAGGUCGCUGCUGGACUGGCAGCCUUGGCAAUGAGAAAGUAUAAAUUAGCUGCAAGACACUUUUUACAAGCAUCACUUGAUCACUGUGAUUGUCCGGAUUUAUUAUCACCCGGAAACGUUGCGUUGUACGGAGGGCUCUGUGCACUCGCAACAUUUGACAGACCCGAGUUACAAAAAUUAGUUAUACAAAGUAGUUCAUUUAAGUUAUUCUUGGAACUCGAGCCUCAGUUGCGAGACAUUAUAUUUAAAUUUUACGAGUCUAAAUACGCCUCAUGUUUGAAACUGUUGGAUGAAAUACGUGAUAAUAUUUUACUGGAUAUGUAUAUAGCACCGCAUGUUGGUUUACUGUACACCCAAAUUCGUAAUCGUGCUUUGAUACAGUACUUUAGUCCCUAUUUGAGUGCUGAUAUGAGACGCAUGGCUGUUGCAUUUAAUAGAACCGUUGCGGCUUUAGAAGAUGAACUCAUGCAACUUAUUUUAGAUGGACAGAUCCAGGCUCGCAUUGAUUCCCACAACAAGAUUUUAUAUGCCAAAGACGUUGAUCAACGGAGUACGACCUUCGAAAAAUCUAUAAGCGUAGGAAAGGAAUAUCAAAGACGAACAAGAAUGCUCAUACUAAGAGCUGCUAUUCUCAAGCAUCAAAUUCACGUCAAGUGCCCACAACGUGAAAGUUCUCAAGGUGGCGAAAUGUCGGUUGCACCCGGUAACAGCAGUGCGGCACCAAGAAAUUAAUAUUCAUCUGUUUGUACAUCAACGUUAAUAAACAUUGUGUUAUUUUAUUUUUCA